UGCGUCGUCGAAGGAGUACGUCGUCCAAUGGCCGGCAAGCAUGAUUGGCACGUGGGAGCAGUUUCCGAUGGUUGCCCGCAUAUGGAUUGAGCAGCUGCAGCGGCCGCCAACUAGGGUGGCUGCCAUGUGUGACCAGCACUACAUGGAGUGGUACAACCGGCACUCGCACCCGAGGUUGAUCAGAGACGUCCACCACGGCGACGACGCCGAUGAUGAUGAUGUGCCACCGCCCACUGCCGUGGAUGCGUGGAUGGGAAAGAUGACGCGGUUGGUACACAGACUUUUUGAGGAGAGGGACAACAUGACGACUGCAACAGGCAGAGCUGUUAUUGAUGAACUGGAACGGGCCCUUGAGCAGUGGCAGUGGGCGUCACAGAGAGAUUAUUGAUAUGUCGGCAGUGCAUUUAUAUAACAUUUUCCUAGUUGUUUGUAAAAGUUAACAUUAUCUAUUCUUAUAAUUAUUAUUUUAAGUUCUUAGAAUUUGACAUUAUAUUUUUAGUUUUUAUAAUUUUUAUUUUAAGUUGUAAUUAGUGGGCAUACGAAAAUUAAAUACAAGUUCACAUUUAAAUGGGAAAACUAAAUACGAAAAUUAGAAUCCGAAAAUUAAAUAAAUGGGAAAAACAUAGCAAUAACAAUAGAAGGUCACAUAGAAAAGGCAACU